AUGCCCUCAAACAUGGGAGGCAUGGUUCCGCAGCAGCAGUGGAACCAGCCACCUCCUACAUAUCAGCAGCCUCCUCCCGCUGAGGCUGAUGACGGAAUGGGCGGCGAAGACGGUGAUAAUUCAAAACGCCCACCAAACGCCUUCAUCCUUUACAGCCAGGCAAUGAGACCACAAGUUAGACAAGAAAAUCCUUCAUUGUCCAACACUGAGUGUUCCAGACUCUUAGGAAAAAUGUGGAAAGAAGUUCCGAAUGACAUCAAACUUCAGUACAAACAGAGAGCUUCUGCUAUGCAAGCUGACUUUAAGAGAGAUCAUCCAGAUUACACAUACAGAAAAGCUCGCAGGAAACGCGCUUUGAACGAAUUAUUAACAAAGUCUUCCCAAGUUGCCCCAGGCAUGUAUCCUCCAGCCAUGGGAGGUGAUUCUGCCGCCUGGCCACCACAGGGAGGCGUUUUCCCAAUGCAGGGCAUGGGAAUGCCAGGAUUCUCCAAUUUACCUGGCCAGCCAUCUUUAGGCUCCGUUCCAAGCGUCCCUGGAAUGCCUUCUAGUCAACCACCGGCAAUGUUCGCUCCUCCAGCCGUUCCGGGAACUCAACUGUCAACUUCCCUUAAUCCAACUCAAUCUCCAGCUGCUACAGCAUCUCAACCACAAAAUCAACCACUUUACCAAAUGCCAGGAUUUCCAGGAAUGCUUAAUACAUCUGGAAUGUUUGGAUUCACAGGCAAAUAA